AAUAAAAAAAAAAGUGAAGGAAGAAGAAGAAGUAGUAGAAGCCAAGAGCAAAUCUAAUUCUCUGACUACUCUCACUUUCAUGUCGGAGACUUGCCGGAAUUUAAAGAAUUUCUUCAACGGAGACUGAAAAGCUUUCUCUUUUUUUCUUUCGUUAUCUUCGUUUUAGUGUUUUCCCCUUUGCUUACAUUUGAAGAAAUCGAGAGCAAGCGAUAGAGAGAGAGAGAGAGAGAGAGAGAGAGAGAGAGAGAGAGAGAGAGAGAGAGAGAGAGACAGUGAGAAAGAGAAAGAGAUGUAUGUAGUGACGCCUCCUCAAAGAUCCGGUUUUGGAUCCGACUGUGAUUUACGGGUUUAUCAAACAUGGAAAGGAAGCAAUAUAUUUUGUCUUCAAGGAAGGUUUAUUUUCGGGCCGGAUGUAAGAUCACUUGGUCUGACCAUAAGUCUUAUCGUGGUUCCUGUUACGAUUUUCUGCAUCUUCGUUGGUAGCAAACUAAUGGAGGACUUCUCUGAUAGUUGGGGAGUAUCAAUAGUCUUUGUUGCUGUUGUCUUCACCAUUUAUGAUUUAAUUCUGCUGAUGCUUACAUCCGGAAGAGAUCCAGGGAUUAUCCCAAGAAAUUCUCAUCCUCCAGAGCCUGAAGUUCUUGAUGGCAUCACGGGCUCGGGGACAAGCCAAACUCCAAGAUUGCAUCGCGUUAAAGAAGUAGAAGUUAAUGGCAAAAUAUUUAAGGUCAAGUACUGUGAUACCUGCAUGCUCUAUAGACCGCCUCGCUGCUCACAUUGUUCGAUUUGCAACAACUGUGUAGAAAGGUUUGACCAUCACUGUCCUUGGGUUGGUCAAUGUAUUGCCCAAAGGAACUAUCGAUUUUUCUUCAUGUUUGUCUUCUCCACGACUCUUCUCUGCAUAUAUGUGUUCGCCUUUUGUUGUGUCUAUAUAAGGAAGAUCAAAGAAUCUGAAGAUAUAACCAUCUUGAAAGCAAUGCUUAAAACUCCAGCUUCCAUUGCUCUGAUACUCUACACAUUCAUAUCGACGUUUUUCGUUGGGGGCUUAACAUGUUUUCAUCUCUAUCUCAUCAGCACAAAUCAGACUACAUAUGAGAAUUUCAGAUACAGUUAUGACAGGCUUAGCAACCCACAUAACAAAGGAGUGGUUGAUAACUUUAAAGAAAUCUUUUUCUCUCCAAUACCUCCUUCAAAGAACAACUUCAGGGCUAUGGUACCAAGGGAAAAUCCAAUGCCGCCGAGAUCAGUUGUUGGCGGUUUUAUGAGUCCAAACAUGGGAAAAGCCAAUGAUGAUAUUGAAAUGGGGAGGAAGGGCGUUUGGGCAAUGGCUGAGCAUGGUGAUGGCAAAAAUGGCAAUAACAAUGAACGGUUUCAUGUUAACGACAAUGAGUUAAACGAGUUAUCACCAGACAUGAGGACCAUAGUUGAUGGUGAUGAACAAAUCGAUAGGCCAAGCAAUCACCCGAGGAACGCAAACUGGGAAAUGUCACCAGAAGUUAUGGCCUUAUCAGCAAGAAGAGCUUAGAAACAAGUUAAGAGAAAAUUGAGAGGUGUUUUCAAAUGUUUGAUUUAUUGAUGUAUUGUGUGUUUACACGGUAAGCAAUUGUGAAUUGGUGUGAUUUUUCAGAUGUUAUGAGUAUUUUUAGUUGUGAUAUAAUUCAGACAGUUAAAUCUUUAAUCAUUGUGUGUUAGUGUAA